GACAUUUUGCGACUCGACUCCGUAACGGAGUUCUCCAUCAGUCGUUUGGCCCCGUUGUGCGUUUCAGUAUUUUUCAUUACCAUUUUACAAAGAACAGUUGAAUAAUCAAGAUGGUAACGAUGAGUGAACGAGUGACUCUCCAAUCGCAGUCCAACAAAAUUCCACUAUAAUGGAGACGAAAAUUCAACCCACGGUGUUUUAUCCUUCGUAUUGAUCCCACGAUGAUGCUCUCGGUGGUGGCAGCGUGUUUGUAAACUUUUGACCUCUUGAUAGUCCUCAAAGGUGGAGUAUUUUUGGUUGUUUUUCUUCAUCAAUUCUCUGUGAGUGUAAUGUGAAUCAUGGAGAGUGUUGGAGAUUACGAGUACAAUACUAAGGAUCUCAUCGGACAUGGAGCAUUUGCCGUUGUCUUCAAAGGCAGACAUCGAAAAAAAUCUAAUUUCAUCGUUGCCAUCAAGAGCAUAACGAAGAAGAGUCUCGCGAAAUCCCAGAAUUUACUUGGAAAAGAAAUAAAAAUUCUGAAGGAAUUAACAGAGCUGCAUCACGAAAAUGUCGUUGCACUGCUGGACUGCAAGGAAUCAAAUCAUAAUGUCUUCCUGGUCAUGGAGUACUGCAAUGGAGGUGAUCUGGCCGAUUAUCUUGGUGCUAAAGGUACCCUCUCAGAAGAUACAAUUCGUGUAUUUCUGAAGCAAUUGGCAGGAGCCAUGAGAGCUCUUAACGACAAAGGAGUUGUUCACAGAGAUCUGAAGCCCCAGAAUAUUCUGUUGAGUCACAAUUGUGGAAAGGCAUGUCCCCAGCCCCAUCAAAUAACCCUAAAAAUAGCGGACUUUGGCUUCGCAAGAUUCCUCCAAGACGGUGUAAUGGCAGCAACACUCUGUGGUUCUCCAAUGUACAUGGCACCCGAGGUCAUAAUGUCAAUCCAAUACGACGCAAAAGCAGAUCUCUGGUCCCUAGGAACAAUAGUAUUCCAGUGUCUAACAGGAAAAGCACCGUUUCAAGCUCACACACCACAAGCCCUGAAAUUAUUCUACGAGAAGAACGCCAAUUUGAGUCCCAAAAUCCCACCAGGUACAUCACCAGAAUUGUCGCAUCUGUUGAUGGGUCUCCUGAGGAGGAAUGCAAGGGACAGAAUGUCAUUCGAGGAUUUCUUCAAUGAUCCCUUUCUCCAAGGACCCCGAGAGAGCCCAAGCCUGGUGCCAGUAGAAUUGCCAGCAUCUCCAGAAACCAUUGAUUCCCAGAUUCCAGGAGCUGUUAAUCUAUCAGAUCCUGAAGCACAUAGUCCCUGCUCCAGUCCCGAAGACGAUUUUGUUCUCGUUCCAAGUGAUUUAAGCAGUGAUACAGAUAAUAAUCCCAAUCCCAGUUCCAAUCCUCCGGUUAAAUACAUAAAGCAAACGAGUAGAGAAGCUGUCUCACCACCUAGGCCAUGUUUCCUACCAAUUUCUGAACCUAUACCAGUGCCAAGCCAACGGACAAGCGUUCAAACAUCAUCACCAGGACGUGGAGCAAGCUCAGUUGUACCCAGAUCUCAACCUAUCAGUAUGAAGAGAAGUGUGGAUUCACACAGAAAUCCAUCAGUUGAUAUUGGGUCACUGAGUCCUCCAAGUGUACAAUUUGUCAUUGGUACACCACCUGGAAGACGUCUGAGUGAAACACCACCACCACCAAAUACCUGGCAAGUAAGUCCUGUUGCAAGGCAUUCCCAGUUGUCCUCAGGUGCUUCACCACUGAGAAGAUCAUCAGUUAAUAAUAGUGCCAGUUCCCCAUUACUCACUGGUCCACUUGCUGUCCUUGGAUCACCAACUGCAAGGGCUCUACAAGAUAAUAAUAAUUCCUUGAGGCACUCACCGAUCAUUCCAUUUGGAACAAGAGCUAUAACACUUCCGGAGAUAUCGGAAGCUGGAAGUUUUCAAAGUUUCUUUCCUGAGCUCAAUGCUGGCUCCUCAGACGAUCGUCCACUGACAUUUAUAGCACCAGAACUCCCAGAAGAGACUCUCCUGGAGCGUGAGCACAACGAAAUUCUUGCCAAGUUGAACUUUGUCGUGGCCCUUUGUGAUUGUGUCUCGGAAGUGGCGAGAACUCGUGCUGGUCCUCUUGGAGCUCCACUUGGUGGUCUCGAGCAGGCGAGCAAUGCAGCCACUAAGAGGCGAGCGGAACAGGUUAUUCUGCUGGUUAGAGCACUCCAGUGGUUGAGCUCGGGGCUCAGUCUAGCUACUCAGCAUCUCAAAGGUGGUAGAUUACAGCCAACAGCUAGUGUCAAGGAGGUCGUUAGCACUAUGAAUGAUAAAUUUAGAUCGUGUCUAGCCGAGUGCAAACAACUCAACAGCGCUGGAUUGCUGAGACAAACUGGUGCCACUGCUGAUAAAAUACUCUACAAUCACGCCAUACAAAUGUGUCAAUCAGCAGCCCUGGACGAACUCUUCGGCAAUCCAGCUGAGUGUUUCCAGCGUUAUCACACCGCCCAAAUUCUCCUGCACUCAUUAUCGCAGCACGUGAGCCACACUCAAGACAGGGCUUUGCUCAUAAAAUAUAAAUCAGCAGUGGAAAAACGACUGUACGUUCUCCAACAGCAGGGAUACAUAUACGCAACAGAUCCCACGUAACGCUUGUAAAAAUGAGAAUGAUUUUGUCGGAUCAAGUAAUGGAUCCACUGUUUAACUGUAUCCAAACCAUAACUAAGUUAAUGGGCGAUGCAAUAUGAAGGAUCAACGAGCAGACAAGCAAAAAAAUAUAUCAGGAGAGAGUGACAAGUGAUGGUUAUCCUUCGAUUUAUUUACAUGAAAAAAUAAAAUAAAUGAUCUAUAUAAAUAAUGUAAUGUAAUCGUGAUUUAUCAAUCUUUAUUUCAUAUAAAGUAAUAAACAUGUGUAUACUACGAA